CAGAAAUAAAGACGCAACGGCGGCACAAGGAUGGAGGUCCGCAACCCGCUCCCGUCGAGCCGGGAAUGAGGGGAAAGUGGAGUCGAAUUGGGGCCUUCAACUCACAUAACUUGGGGUAAAGGUGCGGAUGGAGGACCAGACGGAGGAACUCGUUGCUCGGCCGCAUUGAAUCCCACAUUAGCAUCAGGAACCCGCGACUCAAUAUGGCAAUCCGGAGCAUGCUGCGUCCGCAAAGGACAACACUGUCGUUGGAUCUGCCAAUCUGGCCACAAGCAAGUCUGUUUAUAUGAGGAGGGCCCGGGCAAAGUCAUUUGUAAGAUGAGGGAAGAAAAGACAGUCUGCAUGUCGUUCAAGUUCCUGUGUCAGUCUCUCAUCGCAUUCUCAAUCGCUCGUCACGAUACAUUAUCACAAGAAAACAAUUCACAAAAGGCAGUAACACAACCACCACAAUGAAGUCCGCAUCCCUCCCCCUCACCGCCACGCUCCUCGCGACAGCCGCCUCGGCCUUCCAAAUCGGCAAACCGCCCAUGCCCCAAGCAAAAACCACAAUGGCAGACAACUUCCCCUGGCGCGACCCCUUCACCUCGGCAACAACGGACGCCUACACCCCAGCCUGCUCCUCGUCAAAGACCUUUGCCGCGACGCAGUACACCCUCCACGACCUCUUUGACAAGCCGCCGACGGGCCUCUUCCCCUGGGGCGACGGUCUCAAGACCUUUUUCUCGGGCCGCGAGUACCCCGGCGGCUGGGCCGGUCUCGACCGCCACAUGUACGACCGCAACGUGCUCAUGAUGGAGUACGCUGAUGUUCCGUUGCGCGUGCGCGAGUGGAUUGAGGAUGAGGAGCGGGCUGACGGCGCGGGCAAAGGGUUGUUUGCUGUGUUUGAGAAGCCUGCUGGGGAAGAGGACAAGGUUACGGAGCGGGUUGUUGUUCCAGGCGAGGCUGACGAGGUUGAUCGUGGACUUGAUGAGGGGAGGGUUGCUAUUUUUGCGCCGGGGGCGUUGUAUCCUGUUCUUCCUCUGUUUGUCGCCGAUGGUAGUGAAUGUGAAGCGACGCUUGCCGACUUGAGUAGUUACAAGGCCGUACCCAAGGAUGCCGCCGUCGUGGCGUGGCCCGUUAGCCAUACCCGUCCCGAUACUGCCAAUGACAAGAGGGACAUUGAGUUCACCAUCAAGGCUCAGGUUCUCAAGGUGAAGGAGAUUGCAUCAAAGGCCGAGGCUGAUGCAGAGGAGUCCAAGGUGGCUAAUGAGAAGACAAAGUCGUCUGAUGCGGCCAAGGAUGAGUUGUAAGAGGGACGUUCUGAGGCGCAAGCGAAGCUGUGAAUUGCAUGUAUGAGGAGAUUCCUACCGCGGUAAUUUUUAUUGAUUAGUAUUUCCUGAUGACAUCUUGAUUUUGAGUUUGAUCAAGUGCUGAUUUUGAGACUGCCUUUGUUCGUAAAGACAAGUCCUAGCGGCGCAUUGCCCGUGUGUUGUGAUUGUCAAUCAACAACAAGAGACUCACGACUGUACGUAAAGCUUGAUCUUUCAAGCUGACAAGCUCCACAAUGCUGGCGAAGCUGGUCCGUGUGUGACCGCCUCUGUCA